GAAGCGGAAUGACGCACGGCUCCGGCGGGGCGCGGGGUGAUGACGCGCGGGGUUGAUGGCGGCGGUGGUGCUGAGCGAGGCCGAGCGGGUGUACGCGAUGCACGGGGUGCAGGAUGAUCUACGGAUCGAUGGUCGUGGCUGUGAAGAUUACAGACACAUCGAGAUAGAGACGGACGUGGUCUCCAACACCAGUGGCUCUGCCAGGAUGAAAAUCGGUCACACAGACAUCCUCGUCGGCGUUAAAGCAGAAAUGGGCAUGCCCAAACUGGAGAGGCCCAACGAAGGAUUCUUGGAGUUCUUCGUAGACUGCUCUGCCAACGCAACGCCGCAGUUUGAAGGGCGGGGAGGAGAUGACCUUGGAACUGAAAUCACCAACACCCUAUACCGAAUGUUUGACAACUGCAGCAGCCUGGAGCUGGCAGCCCUGUGUAUCACUCCUCGCGACCACUGCUGGGUCCUGUACGUAGACGUGCUGUUGCUGGAGUGUGGAGGGAAUCUUUUUGAUGCCGUUUCCAUUGCAGUUAAAGCAGCGCUUCACAACACCAGAAUCCCUAAGGUGAGUGUUCUGGAGGACGAUGAAGGCUCCAAGGAGAUCGAGCUGUCCGAUGACCCGUACGACUGCAUCCGCCUCAAUGUGGACAAUGUGCCCUGCAUCAUCACACUGAGCAAGGUUGGUCACCGGCACGUGGUAGACGCCACAGCGCAGGAGGAGCGGUGCAGCAUGGCCAGCGUCCUGGUGUCGGUCACUCACCGCGGGACCCUCACCUGUCUGCGCAAGGUGGGAGUGGGCAGCCUGGACCCGGCCAGCGUGUUCGAGAUGAUGGAGACGGGGAAGCGAGUUGGGAAAGCCUUGCACGAAUCGUUGCGGACCACGCUGGUGAAAGAAGAAAGUUUAGGAUCUAACCGACAAAAAGUGGGAUUUCUUGGUUAACUUUUGCAAAUGUAAAUUUAUUUUUUAAAUAAAAUUGGUUUCUAUA